AUGACAACAUUGACUAAAAACCGAUUCCCCACGGCGCCACGUUGGCCGUUCCCCACGAGCCGUCGCGGCCUUCAAUCUCGCCGUUCACUAGGAGUUCGUGGCAUCCUCUCUUUCAUUUGGCAAUCGGAGCAAUUUAUCAAGAUGGAACUCUCAUUGGAUAAGGAGAUGCUCAGGAUGGGCCGCUUGGACGCUGAUGUGCCCUACCGUCGCUUCAACACGUCGUUGAAGGACUGCAACGCGGACGUGUUCAUCGCCGCGUUCGCUCAGCAGAUGGAGCUGAAGAACUACGUUGACCCCCCGAAGUGGACCGACUACGCUAAGACCAGCGUGGCGAAGGAGCUCGCUCCCCAGAACCCAAAGUGGUUCUACAUUCGCAGCGCUGCUAUUUUGCGUCACCUCUACUUCCACCCCGACGAGGGUAUCGGUAGGCUGAGGCACGUGUACGCCUCCCGCAAGAGGCGCGGCUGCGCUCCCAACCACACCUGCCCCGCUUCCGGCAAGAUCAUCAGGACGAUCGUGCAGCAGCUGGAGGCUAACGGCUUCCUGGAGAAGAGCAAGGACAACAAGGGACGCCGCCUGUCUCGCCGCGGCUGCAACAUCGUAAACGAGUUUGCGCGCCACUUGACCCGCAGCCUCAUGGAGCAGAGCUCGUCGUAA